AUGUCUUGCAAAUCCAUUCUGAAGACCCGAAGCAGCAGCCGCAGGGGCUUCAGUGCCGGCUCAGCCAGAGUCCCUGGGGUCUGCCGCUCUGGCUUCAGUAGCGUGUCUCUGUCCCGCUCCAGGGGCAGUGGCGGCCUCGCUGGAGUGUGUGGAGGAGCUGGCUUUGGCAGCCGCAGCCUCUAUGGCCUAGGCGGCUCCAAGAGGAUCUCCAUCGCAGGGGGCAGCUGUGUCAUCGGUGGCGGAUACGGCGGCAGAAUUGGAGCUGGCUAUGGCUUCGGAGGUGGAGCCGGGAGUGGAUUUGGUUUUGGUGCUGGGGCUGGUAGUGACUUUGGGCUUGGUGGUGGAGCUGGCUUUGGAGGUGGCUUCGGUGGUGCUGGCUUUCCUGUGUGCCCCUCUGGAGGCAUUCAAGAGGUGACCAUCAACCAGAGUCUCCUAACUCCUCUCAACCUGCAAAUCGACCCCACCAUCCAGCGGGUGAGGACUGAGGAGCGGGAACAGAUCAAGACCCUCAACAAGUUUGCCUCCUUCAUCGACAAGGUGAGCUGA